AUGAAUUGUUGAUGAAUGUCCUUGGUCAGUAUCCCACCUAAGACCUCUCUCUACAGAGGUUAUAGUAAUGUUCCCACCCUUCAAAAUAAUAUAGUUCAUCUCUCCAUAUUUAAACCCGUGCAGCUUUGUCGGUUUGUCUGUGUGUAUGUGUAGUUUUAGUCGUGUCAAGGUUAAAUCAAAUUGAAGAACUUGCUUGUACAGGCUAAAAAGCGUUAUAUGGAAAUGGAUGGGGGCAGCAACUUGAACGGAUCAAAAUGAGUCUAGGAAUCAAAUUGAAACAGAUGGAACAGAGCUGUCUGUUUUGGAUUUAUUUAUACGGCUGGAUUAAAGGCAUGUUUGUGUAUUUAUAGUGUGUGUGUGUGUGUGUGUGAUUGAGGGAUAUGCUCCCGCUCAUGUUGGAGCGCUUCAUAAAGAGUGGCAGUCGGACACCCCCGUAGAGGUCACUGUGACAGCCACAAUCCUCUGUCAGUCUACAUAGCUGCUGAAGAGCGAAGUGAAAGUGGGAGAGGGGACUCCAGCAGCAGCAGGGUCCCAUUUUUCUCACAUCUUUUACUCUUCUCUCAGAGAGGAGGCCGAGGAAAGACAUAUAAAGAAAGAGACUAAAGGAGCCUGCUCCUCCCACGAUGGCCUUCCUGAAGAGAGUUCGAUCCCCUUCCCUCUCCUUCUUCCAGACAGUCGUGUCCCUCCUCCUGAGUACGGUAGCCCUCACGUCCUCCUUCUGGUGCACAGGCAAGCAGAAGGUGCCCAAGCCACUGUGCACAGACACCAAGCUCACCCGGUGCAUCCCUGUGCCCGGUGUGUCCAACACCUCCAACAUCCAGUUCUUUUGGGAGACGGGGGAUGACCGCUUCGUCUUCCCUACCUUUCACACGGGCCUGUUCAUCAUUUGCGAGGAAAACAUCUAUGUGGAUGAAUGGGAAGAGAAGUGUCGAGGGUUUUACAGUUUGACUCCUGAAUCAGAAGAAGCAAUGAUCUGGCUGUGUCUUUCGUUGGAGUUUAUGUAUAUCGGUCUGCUCCUGGUCAGCUGCCUGCUGCUGUCCGUGCAGCUUUGCAUCAGGGCCUGGUUUCCCUCCACGCUGUGCUGGGGCCAGAUGCUCAAUGCCUUUGCAGCUGUCUUCACAGUCCUGGGAGGCCUGCUGGGGAUGGUGGGUCACAUGAUGUUCCUGCAGGUGUUUCAGACCACAGUUUCAAUGGGACCAGAAGAUUUUAAACCUCACAGCUACGGCUACUCUUGGGCGUUCUAUGUGGUUUGGCUAGCCUUCACUGUGUGCAUGGCGGCAGGCGUCUCAACCCUGAACAACUACACCAAGAAGUUCCUGAUGGUGGGACCCAGGAGUUCCUCUAGCCUCAACCCCUGCAGCUUUAACUUUGUGGGACUUCUGCCACCAGCUCCCUACUACACCCCCCCAAACCUGCCCGUUACCCUGUCUGCCCCACUGUCUGCCCCUCUGCCUGCCCCAAUGAUCUCCCACCUGUCUCCCUACUACGAGCCUCCAUCAGCUGCCUUGCCUCUCACUUCUCCAAAGCUCACGCACUCCCACUCUCUCCCCCUCACUCACUCAGACUCCUUCCCUCUUCCACCGUUCCACCCUGCACCUGCGUCCCCCUUCCACCGCCUCUCCCUGCCCUCGCCGUCUCUCUCACCCUCCAUCUCUGUUCACAUGAUGCUCCCAGGACACAAAGAGAAUCCCUUGGAUCGGGACGAGGAUUACAGCCCACUUUGAACUCCUACUGGUGCAUCUUAAUAAAUUAGAAUAUCACC